AUGCGCCUGACGCCGCCCUCUCUCCCCUCUCUCCGGCCCUCUCUCCCCUCUACCCGGCCCUCUCUCCCCUCUCCCCGGCCCUCUCUCCCCUCUCCCCGGCCCUCUCUCCCCUCUCCCCGACCCUCUCUCCCCCCUCCCCCGGCCCUCUCUCCCCUCUCUCCCCUCUCUCCGGCCCUCUCUCCCCUCUCCCCGGCUCUCUCUCCCCUCUCCCCGGCCCUCUCUCCCCUCUCUCCCCUCUCUCCGGCCCUCUCUCCCCUCUCCCCGGCUCUCUCUCCCCUCUCCCCGGCCCUCUCUCCCCUCUCCCCGACCCUCUCUCCCCUCUCCCCGGCCCUCUCUCCCCUCUCUCCCCUCUCUCCGGCCCUCUCUCCCCUCUCCCCGGCUCUCUCUCCCCUCUCCCCGGCCCUCUCUCCCCUCUCUCCCCUCUCUCCGGCCCUCUCUCCCCUCUCUCCGGCCCUCUCUCCCCUCUCCCUAGCCCUCUCUCCCCUCUCUCCGGCCCUCUCUCUCCCCUCUCCCCGGCCCUCUCUCCCCUCUCCCCGGCCCUCUCUCCCCUCUCCCCGGCCCUCUCUCCCCUCUCCCCGGCCCUCUCUCCCCUCUCCCCGGCCCUCUCUCCCCUCUCCCCGGCCCUCUCUCCCCUCUCCCCGGCCCUCUCUCCCCUCUCCCCGACCCUCUCUCCCCUCUCCCCGGCCCUCUCUCCCCUCUCUCCCCUCUCUCCGGCCCUCUCUCCCCUCUCCCCGGCUCUCUCUCCCCUCUCCCCGGCCCUCUCUCCCCUCUCUCCCCUCUCUCCGGCCCUCUCUCCCCUCUCCCCGGCUCUCUCUCCCCUCUCCCCGGCCCUCUCUCCCCUCUCCCCGACCCUCUCUCCCCUCUCCCCGGCCCUCUCUCCCCUCUCUCCCCUCUCUCCGGCCCUCUCUCCCCUCUCCCCGGCUCUCUCUCCCCUCUCCCCGGCCCUCUCUCCCCUCUCUCCCCUCUCUCCGGCCCUCUCUCCCCUCUCUCCGGCCCUCUCUCCCCUCUCCCCGGCCCUCUCUCCCCUCUCUCCGGCCCUCUCUCCCCUCUCUCCGGCCCUCUCUCCCCUCUCUCCGGCCCUCUCUCCCCUCUCCCCGACUCUCUCUCCCCUCUCCCCGGCCCCUCUCUCCCCUCUCUCCGGCCCUCUCUCCCCUCUCCCCGGCCCUCUCUCCCCUCUCUCCGGCCCUCUUUCCUCUCUCUCCCCUCUCUCUCCCCUCUCUCCGGCCCUCUUUCCCUCUCUCUCCCCUCUCUCUCCCCUCUCCCCGACUCUCUCUCCCCUCUCCCCGGCCCUCUCUCCCCUCUCUCCGGCCCUCUCUCCCCUCUCCCCGGCCCUCUCUCCCCUCUCUCCGGCCCUCUUUCCUCUCUCUCCCCUCUCUCUCCCCUCUCUCCGGCCCUCUCUCCCCUCUCCCUGGCCCUCUCUCCCCUCUCCCCACCUCUUGCUCUCCUCUCGCCCGCCUGGAGCUGCCUCGCUCUCGCUCUGAGCCAGACUCAUCAUGUGGGUGGUUCCAUGUUGGUGGUUCCAUGUUGAUGGUUCCAUGUUGGUGGUUCCAUGUUGGUGGUUCCAUGUUGGUGGUUCCAUGUUGGUGGUUCCAUGUUGGUGGUUCCAUGUUGGUAGUUCCAUGUUGGUGGUUCCAUGUUGGUGGUUCCAUGUUGGUAGUUCCAUGUUGGUGGUUCCAUGUUGGUGGUUCCAUGUUGGUGGUUCCAUGUUGGUGGUUCCAUGUUGGUGGUUCCAUGUUGGUGGUUCCAUGUUGGUGGUUCCAUGUUGGUGGUUCCAUGUUGGUGGUUCCAUGUUGGUGGUUCCAUGUUGAUGGUUCCAUGUUGAUGGUUCCAUGUUGGUGGUUCCAUGUUGAUGGUUCCAUGUUGGUGGUUCCAUGUUGGUGGUUCCAUGUUGAUGGUUCCAUGUUGGUGGUUCCAUGUUGGUGGUUCCAUGUUGGUGGUUCCAUGUUGAUGGUUCCAUGUUGGUGGUUCCAUGUUGGUGGUUCCAUGUUGAUGGUUCCAUGUUGGUGGUUCCAUGUUGGUGGUUCCAUGUUGAUGGUUCCAUGUUGGUGGUUCCAUGUUGAUGGUUCCAUGUUGGUGGUUCCAUGUUGGUGGUUCCAUGUUGAUGGUUCCAUGUUGAUGGUUCCAUGUUGGUGGUUCCAUGUUGGUGGUUCCAUGUUGGUGGUUCCAUGUUGA